CGCAAACCGACACUCCCCUUCUACACACGCACCAACACACAGAGUGACCAGUGGUGUCCAGCCGCCUGAAGCGCACAGCCUGCUGUGUGGAUGUGUGCAACCCUCUGGACUUGGUGGGAGGGGGAGAAGUUUCCCCAAAGACAAGCUUGGAUCACUGAGAGAGACGAUGCCUUCCUCCUGUAGCCCUGUCUCACAAGCUGCUCAGUGGAUUUGCUGAUUCCCGAAAUUAUUCCUGCAAGUUAUUCAACGGGACUGUGGAGCGAUUUUGAGCCAGAGGAUGCUCCCACAGGUCAUUCGGAUUCUGUACGUCUUGUCUUUCUGCUUUUUCCAAGGAGGCUUUAUCAGACUGAGCUCCUGUAAGGAGGAGAUAAAGCCCCCCAGCAGGGCAGGACCACAGCUGUCGCCUUCUGACUUUCUGGACAAGCUCAUGGGGAAAACAUCAGGAUAUGAUGCCCGCAUCAGACCCAACUUCAAAGGCCCACCUGUGAAUGUCACCUGCAAUAUUUUCAUCAACAGCUUUGGGUCCAUAACAGAAACUACCAUGGACUACAGACUCAAUGUGUUUCUACGGCAAAAAUGGAAUGACCCCCGCCUGGCUUACAGUGAAUACCCUGAUGACUCCCUUGAUCUGGAUCCGUCUAUGUUGGACUCUAUCUGGAAACCUGAUUUAUUCUUUGCGAACGAGAAAGGAGCCAAUUUCCAUGAGGUCACCACUGAUAACAAGCUGCUACGGAUUUUCCAAGAUGGCAGCGUCCUGUACAGCAUCAGGCUAACUCUUACCCUGUCCUGCCCUAUGGACUUGAAGAAUUUCCCAAUGGACAUUCAGACCUGUACCAUGCAGCUUGAGAGCUUUGGUUACACCAUGAAUGACUUGAUCUUUGAGUGGUUGUCGGAGAAUCCCGUUCAGGUGGCGGACGAUCUCACCCUCCCCCAGUUUGUGCUGAAAGAGGAGAAGGAUUUGGGCUACUGCACUAAGCACUAUAACACAGGGAAGUUUACCUGCAUUGAGGUGAAGUUUCAUUUGGAGCGUCAGAUGGGUUACUACUUGAUCCAGAUGUACAUCCCCUCCCUCCUCAUCGUCAUCCUCUCCUGGGUCUCCUUUUGGAUAAACAUGGAUGCCGCACCUGCCAGAGUGGGUCUGGGGAUCACAACUGUGCUUACGAUGACCACCCAGAGCUCCGGGUCAAGAGCUUCACUGCCUAAGGUGUCCUAUGUGAAGGCUAUCGACAUCUGGAUGGCGGUUUGCCUUCUGUUUGUGUUUGCUGCUCUGCUGGAGUACGCCGCAGUUAACUUUGUCUCAAGGCAACACAAGGAGUUCAUCAGGCUGAGGAAAAAGCAACGGCAGCAAAGAAUAGAGUUGGCCAGUCAGCCCGGGAGUGUUGAGUCACUGCGGAAAGUGAAUGACAUCCCUGGUGACACCUCCAGCUACAGGAAUCUGAAUCAGCACUGCAGCGCCUGCGCCAGGGAAGAGGAGCUGGUGAGGGAGAGCCGUGGUUUUUACUUCCGGGGUUAUGGACUCGGUCACUGCCUCCAAACUAAGGAUGGUACCGCUGUGGAAGGAGCCACGGUCUUCACCCCACCGCCUCCGGUUACCAUGUACGAUGGCGAGGUUCUUCACAAGCGAUUUGUGGACCGGGCCAAGCGCAUCGACACCAUAUCCAGAGCUGUGUUUCCCUUGAGCUUCCUCAUAUUCAACAUCUUCUACUGGAUCACCUACAAAGUGCUGCGACAUGAGGACAUCCAUGCAAAUUUGUAAAAACGCUUUCUGCCAAUCAGAUGCUACAGUUUAGAUUUUUUUCUCAGAACCAAAACUGCCUGUCAGAUCUACAUUACAAUGAGGAAAUGUGUCAGAGGCAUAUGUGCUUCUUAAAGCAUUGCUAAAAAAAAAACAACAACAAAACUUUGUGCUCAGGUGCGUCUUCAGGAUCUCAGCUGAAGAGUGAUUAAACCGAAAGGAAGCUUAAGCUGCGUGGAUUUAGGCUGGUUUGUGUGUGUUCUCUCGUAUAUGUCUUGGUUUGAUUCUUUUGGAUUGCAAAGGAGAAGAAACACUGGGUGAUGCUUAUGGGUUCGUGACCUUUGUGUGAGAUAAUGGCAAAAAAAAAAGAAAAAA